AUGGCGGCGGCGGCGCCGCCGGUGGCCAAGAAGGUGCCGCGCCAGCUCGUCGAGCAUGGCGACGUCCGCGUCGACAACUACUACUGGCUCCGCGACGACUCCCGAUCCGACCCGGACGUCCUCGCGCACCUCCGCGCCGAGAACGACUACACCGCCGCCGUCAUGUCCGAUGUCAAGCAACUUGAGGACGAAAUAUAUGCUGAAAUCAGAGGAAGAAUCAAGGAAGACGAUAUUGAUGCACCUCUUCGCAAAGGGCAGUACUACUACUAUGAGAGGACAUUGACUGGCAAGGAGUAUGUGCAACACUGUAGGCGUCUUGUACCGACUGAUGCUCCUGUUACAGUCCACGAUGUGAUGCCCACAGGACCUGAUGCCCCUGAUGAGCAUAUUAUCCUGGAUGAGAAUAUUAAGGCUGAGGGCCAUGACUACUACAGCAUCGGAGCUUUCAAGGUCAGUCCCAACAACAAGCUAGUUGCUUACGCAGAAGACACUAAAGGUGAUGAAAUCUACACUGUCUAUGUCAUUGACGCGGAGAGUGGAGAAUAUGUUGGGCAACCACUUAAAGGAAUUACUUCUGACAUUGAGUGGUCUGGUGACGACCACCUCAUUUACAUUACAAUGGAUAGUAUACUUCGCCCAGAUAAAGUAUGGCUACAUAAGUUAGGGUCUGCUCAAUCAAGUGAUGCUUGUCUGUACCAUGAGAAAGAUGACACAUUUUCUCUAGGCCUUCAAGCUUCUGAAAGCAAGAGAUAUUUAUUUGUUGAAUCUGGAAGCAAAAAUACAAGCUUUAUAUUCUACCUGGACAUAUCCAAACAAAACAAGGAACUUGCUGUUUUGACACCUUGUGUGUAUGGCAUUGAUACAACAGCUAGCCAUCGUGGAAAUCAUUUCUUUAUUAAGAGGCGAAGUGAUGAGUUCUACAAUUCUGAUUUGGUUGCUUGCCCACUGGAUAAUGUAGCUGAGACCACUAUACUGCUACCACAUAGAGAAAGUGUGAAAAUACAGGACUUCCAGCUCUUUGACAACCAUAUUGCUGUAUAUGAGCGUGAGAAUGGCCUUCCCAAAGUAACUGUAUAUCGGCUACCUGCUAUUGGAGAGUCAAUUGGACAACUUCAGGGAGGUCGAGCGCUUGAUUUUAUUGAUCCAACAUAUUCUGUGGACCCUGAGGAGUCUCAGUUUCAUUCAUCUGUUCUUCGAUUUCAUUAUAGUUCAAUGAGGACCCCGCCCUCUGUUUAUGACUAUGAUAUGGAUUCAGGGGUGUCUGUUCUGAAGAAGAUCCAUACUAUAUGCAUAGAUCCGAGUUUCAGAGGGUCAAGAUUCUCUCUGGUAGAUAGGGGCUUUAUAUAUGUGAUAGCUCAUAUCCGCGGUGGUGGUGAAAUGGGCCGGAAGUGGUAUGAAGAUGGGAAACUAUUGAAGAAGAAAAACACUUUCACGGAUUUCAUUGAUUGUGCUGAGUACUUGAUAAAAAACAAGUAUUGUUCCAAGGAAAAGCUUUGCAUCAAUGGCAGAAGUGCAGGUGGCUUAUUGAUGGGUGCUGUCCUAAAUAUGAGGCCUGACUUAUUCAGGGCAGCUGUUGCUGGAGUGCCUUUUGUUGAUGUUGUCACAACUAUGCUUGAUCCAACUAUCCCAUUGACAACGGCUGAAUGGGAGGAGUGGGGUGAUCCAAGAAAAGAAGAAUACUUUUAUUACAUGAAAUCAUAUUCUCCUGUUGACAAUGUGACGGCGCAAGAGUAUCCCAACAUUCUUGUCACCGCUGGCUUAAACGAUCCGCGCGUGAUGUACUCUGAGCCUGCGAAAUAUGUGGCGAAGCUGAGGGAGUUGAAAAGAGAUGACAACCUUCUGCUGUUCAAAUGCGAGCUGGGAGCUGGACACUUCUCCAAAUCAGGAAGGUUUGAGAAAUUACAGGAGGACGCGUUUACUUAUGCGUUCAUCCUCAAGGCGCUGGGCAUGACUCGGAAGCUGGCUUCACUGUGA